GCCUCAAAAAGUGACUAGUUCAAUCUGAUUUUUCAAGUGCGUCGCGGCUUCGCGUAGUCAUUGCGAAAAAUGGAUUCCGGAAUAAUUUUAAAGAUUGGAUUCUUUAUAGCAUUCUUUUUGGAGCCAUUUGCGAUUUCCGGCGCAGCAGUAGCUUCACACAAGGAUACAAGCGAGGAGGGACAUGCUCAAAAAGUAGCCCAACAGGGGGCCCCAAACCUCGACCCAGGAUCAUCACAGUUUCCGAACGAGCAUGGAGAGAGUGCACCAAGGGCCGCUCGACGGUCUAUAGAAUCACCUGAGCCAGGCCUGACGGAUAUAUGGGAAAAACUAGAAAACAGCCUAACGCGAGAAUCUCCAGAGACCGUCUCAGAGCCUGCGGCAGAUGUAACACACUUCUGGGAAGAACUUACACAAACAUUGGCUCGAAUUGCACAGGACGACACAGACGCAAUAUCCAAGGCAUCUGUCUGGCAAGGCAUAGAGGACAGCCUGACCAGGGUCUCCCGACAAGUGGAUCCACCACACGAUGCGACACAUUGGGACAGUUUUGUACAGAGUGUCUCAAGAGUAGCCCUUGAAGAUCCUCAGCCCAAUGAUGUGGUUGAGUUCUGGAAUGAAUUGCUAAGGAUGACACGGCAUUCCGCCCCUCAGCAGGCAUCCGGUCUGCAACCCUCAUCUGAAUCACAGGAUGCUACAAGAGCAGCCCGACAUGCUGAUGAGAACUCUGCACCUGGCACCUCGAAACUCCGGGAGGAAUUCAAAGAGUCAAUCUCGAGAGUAGCGCGAGGAGUUGGUCAGACAAAUUCGACGGGUCUUUAUGAGGGUAUGGAAAAAGAUGCCUCGAGGGUGAGCAGACAGGCUAAUCAACAUCAUAAAGAGAGAAUAUCCAAGCUUUCGAAUGAGGUUGAGGACUCCGUUUUAGGUGAAGUCCGAGAGCGUGGUUUACCAACUUCAUCGUCAAGUGCGAGAGUCCGCCGGCAAGCUGGCCAACACUCUGCGUCUGAUCCGACCUCAGGACUGAGUUUCUCCCACCUUUGGCAAGAACUUGAAGAGUCCGUUUUAAGGGUGGCUCGAGAAGUUGGUCUGGACAACUCAACGAGUCUCUGGGAGAAUUUAGGAAAGGCUGUUUCGAGAGUGUCGAGACAAACUGACCGCCAGUAUGAAGAACUCUGGAAUGAGUUUGAGAACUUUGUUUCGAAAGCAACCCGAGAAGCUAGCUCACCAAAUGUAGCACCAAAUCCUAGAGUGCGCAGGCAAACCGACCACCGUUCGGUGCCUGAAGCGAUUACAGAACCGAGUCUUUCUCAGAUUUGGGAGGAAAUUAGGGAGUCUACCUCAAGAAUAGCUCGAGAGGUAGGUCUAUCCAAUGAAACGAGUUUCCUAGAGGACUUGGGAAAGGCUGCCCCAAGAGUGACCAGACAUGCAGACCACCAGUAUGGUGAGAGUCUCUCAAAGUUAUGGAAUGAGAUUGAAGACUCAAUUUCAAAAGCAGCCCAAAAGAUUGAGCUGUCAAAUGCGUCGGUAAAUUCGAGAAUGCGUCGGCAAGCUGAACAACACUCUGCAUCUGAUACGACAGCAGAACUGAGUCUAUCUGACCUUCUGAAAGAAUUGGGAGAGGCUGCUUCGAGAGUGACCAGACAGAUUGACCACGAAUAUGCAGAUAGCCUCUCUAAGCUUUGGAAUGAGCUUAAGAACUCUGUCUCGAGAGAAAUCUCCGAGGCAGAUUCAUCAAAUGCAUCUCCAAGGACAAGAGUGCGCCGACAAGCCGAUAAAAAUUCUGUGCAUGCCACGUCGACAGAAUCAAGUUCCUCUCAGGUUAGGGAAGACUUUGAAGAGUCCAUUUCGAGAGUAGCCCGAGAAGACGGUUCUUCAAACUCAACGACUGCCCGGGAGGACCCAGAAGGAGGUUCUUCAAGAGUGAACAGACACACUGAGAAUCAACGUGAAGACGAUGUUUCUCAACUUUGGAAACAGUUUGAAGAGUCUGUCUCGAGAAUGGUGCGAGAAGUUGGUUUGUUUGAUACAACGAAUAUCUCGGAAAACUUAGAAAAAUAUGCUCCUAGGGUGGCGAGAGAAGUCGUUGACCAUCUCUCAGGAUCGAGUCUUCCUGAGCUCUGGCGAGAGUUUGGAGAGUCUGUUUCCCAGGUAGCGGGCGAAAUCGGUUUGCGGAAUGUACGGGAUGACAUGGGCAAGGAUACCGCGAGAGUAACUAGAAAGGCUGAUCCGAACUUAUCAUCGAUCGCAGAGGAAUGGGAGAAGUUUUUUGAUCACUCGAAGGAAAUAUCACAGGAGGGCACACCGAUUGCGUCUGAUUCGGUGCGAGAGGGUUCGAGGAUCACGAGAGACACUGCCUUCAGAAAGAAGAAGAGGAGGGAGUCCCAAGAAGAGGCAGGAGGAAUAUCACAAGAAGACAUGCCGAUUGCGUCUGAAUCAGAGCGGAAAAGCUCAAGAGUUACAAGAGACACUGCCUUUCGAAAGAAGAAGAGGAGGGAUUCUCAAGGAGAGGAAGAGCAAACAUCAGGGGAAGGCACGCCGAUCUCGUCUGAUCCAGAGCAGAUGAGUUCAAGAGCCGCUAGAGAUACUGCCUUCCGAAAGAAGAAGAGGAGGGAGUCUCAAGAAGAGGAAAGCGUUUCUCGGUUUGCCCGCGCGAUCAAUGGAACUGAGACUGAUGGUUCAGGACCUAAGAAGUCGCGAAUCACUCGGCAAACACCGGAGGGCCAACCCCACAGGCCGAGCGGUGCAAGAUGUAUACCGUGUCUCUUCGAUUGCUUGCUGAAUCCGGGUAAUCCUAGUAGCACUCCUAGACCGACUGCCCCGGUUUCCAAUCCAAUUCUUGGUCUCUUCGUACAGCAGGCACCUUCAAGACCGCCCCCGCCACCCCCGCCGGGAGGCGGUAAUUCCGGUGGCGGUCUUCUGAUGUUGAAGUGCUUCACCAAUUGUGUUAUCUGGGACUGUCUCGCUAGCGGAGUAGAGUAAAUGUCAAGAAAUACAGUCUCUCUCUCGCCUUGUCUCCACGUGAUGUUUCACGGGAUUAUUCCCAAGUUCGAGUCGCAGGAAUGAAACUUCUGGGAUUUUUUCCCGUUUAACACGACAAAGUUUUUUCUUCUUUUUAAAUCGUUCCUGGAACUCCAUAAGGACUCUUAGUUGGUACUGUGACUUGUAUAGACAAACUUAAAAUUUUCCCAACUUCGCAAGUGAGAUUUUUCCCGGGAACAAAUCCCAUGAAACGUCCCGUGGGGACAAGGCCUCAGGGGAAAAAUAUUACGUGUGGCCUAGAAGUGAGAAUGUUGGGACUUCAGACAAAGUGCAAGUUUCAACACUAGGAUGGUUUUUUUUAUCAUUAAAAUAUGGCGUUAAAGAGGAGGAACAGAAUGGAAAUUGUGAGCAUAAGCCUCUUUUAUUUGACGAAGUGUUUAUUGUUUACAGUGAUUAAACAUAAUUUGAUAUCCUUAAGUCAAUCGAUUGUAAGCGAUAAUAUUAAUACCUCCAUAAUCAGUUAAUUUCCCACCUUGGACAUUCUAUCUGGAACGUAGCUCGAAAAGGGAACAUGGUAUCGUGAAGAUUUAA